AUGCGCAUCUACACCGCGGAGCUCCUUGCCGCGGUCGCGUUCAUCAAAAGUCUCUCAAGAUACUCUGCCUCAGGUUCGAAGACGCUGCGGCCGGAUCUUCGUUCCAGUGAUCAUCCCAAGGACCCUGUGAAGACUGCCAGCGACAACCGCAUGUUGCCAAGCAACGACGGAGCAAAUGGCGAAGACAGGACAUUUGCUUGGGAAUCGUCCGAACUCUCUGCGGUGGUUGAACGGGCGCAAGAAGUGAUACACGACCAAAUUGUCCCCAUGCUUGCUGCUCAAGAUCGGAAUCACGUCGCACUUGGACGAGCGGGAGAUCAGAUGCACGUCCAUGAUAUCCCCUACAGUAGUACUCAAGGUUGGGAUCGACUCAGACACGCACACGAUGCACCAGAGCGUCUUGAGUCGAGCGGAACAGUGGCGACACCGGUGCUUGGUCUGCCUUCGCUCGCGGAAAAAGAGCAGGCACCUGUCGUGGCUUCUCAAUCGGAAGCAGACAGUACGAGGGUCAACGAGCAUUCGCCUGGUGUGGCUUCUCGAUUGGAAGCAGACAGUACGAGGAUCAAUGAGCUACUGAUUGCUGACGGAAAUCAAGUGGACGCAUACAGGAAGAGGGCCAUCGAGCGUGCGCUUGCUGUGGCUGCUCAACCUAACGACAAACGUACGAGUAUCAUCGAGCAACUACAACAGCAAACGGAUGAGAAGCUUUUGAGCCCAGACCAGUGGAAAUCCCUGAAGAAGGGGAAGAGAACACAGAAUUGGACAGCAGAACAGCUGAUGCAGGAUCUGGUAGGUAUGUAUGGUGCCAAUACUGAUGGCUUCACCAAACUCGCGUCUGCUUUGCGAAAAGCUAAGGUGGCUGAUCGUAAUGACGAGAUGAUAUUUACUGCUUUGGAGGCGGCGAUGUUAGAGUCCUGGAAGAACCGCGGCAUCGCGUUCGACCGAUCUCCCGGCCUUCUGGAGCUCUCCGACCUGACGGGAGAAAGAGACAUGAUGGAUAACGAGUUGCGACUGCUUCAUCGAUACCUAUUUGUGUCCCCCGAUGGUCAUCAUGGCGGCAGAUAUGAUGUAUAUCGAUACUUAUUCGAAAAGCUCAAGAGCAAAGGUAACUUUAAAUAUCUACGGACGAUAGCGCAAGCGGGGGAGGAGUCUACCAUUGCGGACGGGAUGCUGAUGUUUUACGUAAACUAUGCUGUUAGUCACAUGUCCCCCACUACAAUGAUUAAACGCAUGCGCGCUGCGCAAAUAAGUGAAUUCAGGAUUCAGCGUCUGCCAAGUAAAGCACUCAAGUUUGCACAAGCACAAGAACAUUACGAGGGCACGUUUCGAUGGACUAAUAUUGCGAAAGCGUUGCAGACCGGGUCAGAUAACAAGUGGAAAAACUACUUUAAGAAGGCUCUGGGCAUAGCGUCCAGCAACCCGAGCGCGAACAAUUCAAAGAGGAAGGAAGGCACUUUUUCGACUUACGAGGCUGCACUAGCGUUACCAAAGGAGGACCCGAAACGCCAAAAGACCGCGGGACCUUCCAUUCGACGUUAG